AUGGACAAAUGCUGGUUUGUUCUCCGCCAGACGCACUAUCCGGCGCCUGAAUACAAGCAUCCGGGCAUGGCCUUUGGUGCGGCUGAAGGCCCGAUCUGCUUAGGCCACUUCAUCCCGAGCCCCAAGCAGAUAGACAGCGUCAUUAACUCGGACAGCAUCACGCCUUUCCCGCGCAGCAUGCGCAUCUGGCCUACUACAGCUGUCGAUUUCCGCCUCUCCAACAACACUACGAAAGGCGUCCAGGCUUCUGCCGGCGUCAGUGCUCCUAUCGCUGCGGCUACAGGCAUGACUGCCAACGCCGAAGCCGGUGUGGUCUUUAGGAAAAUGAUGGGCGAUACUUGGGCUAUUGACCGGCUGGACACACAGAUUGUGCAACCAACUAUGGCUUAUCUCGAGCAGUGUCGCAGUUCUGCCCAAAUAGCUGCGUGGGUGGAGAAGAAUAAGUUGCUUGGUUCCUGGAAGAUUUACAUGAUUAGCGGGCUAAUCAUCGCGCGAGGUGCCAAGUAUGAACGGAAGGAAGGCACCGAAGCUGAGCAAAAUGGCAGAGGCACGGCGGAAGCCAAGAUCAAACAUGCGGAUACGAAGAAAAUAGAUAUCGCAGGGCGAUACUUGAAUGAUUUCGUCUGGGCCAUCCGUCUUACGGAGGUUUCAAAGAUCCUCUUUGGUUCCGACCUAUCGCAAAAGGUCGUUCGAAAAGGUACUGUCUUUGCGCCAGGCUCAGACAAUGUAGAUGUCAUGGCAGUCAUGGCUAAAGAAGGCUUAGAAGGAGGCGACAUACACGCACUUGAAGUAUCUAAUAGAGGCCAACAGGAAUUUCUCAUAGCGAUAAAUAAGUAUUGA